CAAGUCGUGUUAGGACAUUUAUGUCAUUUAAGGAGGACACAUUUUCCAUGUGUACGCUAUAUUUCAUGCAAGACUUAAAACACUCGCGGUUAUAGUUUUGUAUUUCAAUUUCAGGAUCACAAAAAUAUGGGAACAAUGACACAUUAUCCUUGUUCAGGCUAUAUUUCGUGUACAUAGGAUUUUAACCACACGUGGUUGUAUAUAUUUUGUACUACAAUAUCUGGAUCAUUGAAAUAUGGGAACACGGACACCACGGGUCUCCCCGGACGGAGGUUGGGGCUGGGCUGUGGUGCUUGGUUGUUUUCUAGUACAUCUGAUUAUGGAUGGGUUUGUGUAUGCGUUCGGAGUAUUCUAUAUUGAAUUCCUGGACUAUUUUGGAAGUGACAAGGGUACGACCGCAUUGAUUGGCUCGUUAUUGAACGGGAUGUACCUUUUUGCAGGUCCGAUAGCAAGCGUAUUGACCAAUCGAUUUGGACCUAGAGUUGUCACCGUUGUUGGUGGUAUUAUUUCAUCCGUUGGUUUUGCUGCUAGUGCCUUUGCUCCUAAUAUAUACUGGUUGUGUAUAACAUUCGGUGUUAUUCCAGGAAUUGGUGCUGCCUUUAUGUACGUCGCAGCAAUAUCAUGUGUUGGACAAUACUUUGAGAGGAAGAGAGCUUUUGCCAUGGGCAUCGCUUUAUGUGGAACAGGCAUCGGCACCUUCGUUUUGGCGCCAUUAACUGAAUACUUAAUUGAAUUAUACACGUGGAGAGGAGCUGUUCUAAUUGCCGCUGGUAUUAUGUUAAAUUGUGUAGUUGGUGGGUUAUUUUUCAGACCUAUACAUUUGAAAAUGAAACUUGAAGAGACAGAGGACUUAAACAUAAACAAAAGGGAAGUAAUUUCUGCUCAGGAUUCCUCUGAAGAAAAAUCUUCGUUAAUUGUAGGGAAAAGUGACAGUUAUCUUUACCAAAAAAGUUCUGAUUUGUGUGAUUCUAAUGUCACAAGAUCCCAGUCAAAUAUGGAAACACAUAUAAACAAAGACUUGGUUUUUAACAAAAGUACAUCGUCAAUUUCAAGUCCAAAAACAAUCAACAAUACAAAAAGAAACAUAUGGACAAAUGUCGAUCAUUUCUUAAAGAAAUUAUACACAAUAUUCGGAUGUUCCAUGUGUUUAGAUAUUGUGUAUAUAUUUUUCGUGAUAAGUAGUUGCUUCGGAUCAUUAGGUUCAGGAAUACCUUAUAUCUAUAUCCCUGAUCGAGCCUACGAAGUGGGAAUAUCCAAAACAGACGCUUCUUUUCUACUAUCAGUAGCUGGCAUGGCGAACACUGUGGCACGAUUAGUAUUCGGGUGGAUUGCAUCUCGAGAAUUUUCAAACCCAUCUAUAAUAUAUGGAAUUAGUAUACUACUUUGUGGGAUAUCAACUUUUGUUUCACCUUUCAAUGAUAGUCACGCCUUCCUCGUGUGUUAUAGUGUUCUAUUUGGUGCAUCCGCAGGUGUAUACAUAUGCUUGAACGCCAUUGUUUUAGUUCAUUUUGUUGGAAUAGAUAAUUUGACGAGUUCUUUUGGUAACAUGUUGCUUUUCAAAGGUCUUUUUCUAUUGAUUGGAACGCCGGCUGCAGGAUGGCUUUUUGAUGAAACCGGAAGCUACGCUAUUACUUUUUAUUCAGAUGGAAUCAUUCUGUGUUUGUCAUCAGUAUUGUUGUUCAUUGGAUAUGCACUCAAUAUAAAUAAACAGAAGAAAUCAAGAGAAACGUCGGAUGUUUUGUACGAAUGAAAUAUGUGAGGUUAUAACACGAAACUAUUGAAAUUCACGAGAGAUUGAUCCAAACGAUAAAAUGUGACCGUUGAAAAGGUUGUACCCGAAAAACCGAACUAUUCACAAACUGAUUCUCAAUCAAUAAAGGGAAUAAAAGACAAUCUUGCACCUAGA